GGGACUUUUUCACGGGCACAAACUGCAUUUUCUUAUGAAUGGAAAGAGAAAAAAUGCGCUCGGCUUAAAUUGGGAUCCAUCCUUCACUGAGAUCAUUGGAGGGAAACAACAAAAGCGAGACGAGGGGAUCUGCCAGAAGAGAUGACAAUGACUACGAUUCCAGAAAGUCUUAAUAGCCCUGCCUCAGGAAAAGCCGUUUUCAUGGAGUUUGGACCCCCGAGUCAACAAAUGUCGCCUUCCUCCAUGUCUCACGGACACUACCCCAUGCACUGUUUACAUUCUGCAGGUCACACACAGCAUGACAGCUACAGUCCGGCCUCGUCCUUCCCCAGAUCUUUGGGUUAUCCAUACGGCAGCCACCCCACCAGUCCAUAUCUCAGCACAGUACAGACUUACCAAAACAGCUCGGGGCUCACGCAGACACGACUGGAGGACGCAGCGCCAGAAACGGAGAAAAACACGGUGGUGGAAGGCGGGGAGGUGCGAUUCAACGGCAAGGGGAAAAAGAUUAGAAAACCAAGGACUAUAUAUUCCAGUUUACAGCUCCAGGCUUUGAACAGGAGGUUUCAACAGACUCAGUAUUUGGCGUUACCGGAGAGAGCGGAGCUCGCAGCGUCGCUGGGUCUCACUCAGACACAGGUGAAAAUCUGGUUUCAGAAUAAACGCUCCAAAUUCAAGAAGCUGAUGAAGCAGGGCGGCAGCACGAUUGACACCAACGUUUUAGCCACGGGCCGUGGACUUUCGAGCGGCUCCCCCUCCGUUGCGCCCGUAUGGACCUCGCCGACCACCGUGAAGGCUUCUGUGGGCACCACGGGCUCUUAUAUCCCCAGCUACACCUCGUGGUACCCAAGCACGCACCAAGAGUCUAUGCAACAGUCGCAGCUCAUGUGAAGAGAGACCGGAGUGUCGGGAUGGUGACGGGCCGGCUCAGCAUUGAUGAUGCUCGACAAUAAAAACCGGAGACUGUUGCUGCCGCAUCCCUGCGCGCUCACACACGGAGGCCUCCUCAGACCGGGUGACGGCAGGCGGAGGAGAAGCAGGGGGAGAAGAAUGAGAAUGAGGGAGAUGAGGGGGUGAAACGGCGCACAAUGCAUCCAGGGCAGCAAGUCCAGCGGAAACCAUAAAGGCAAAAAAAAAAAAAAAAA